UGUAAAAACAGGUGACUUAACCUGCCGGGGAACUGCCUCUGCAGCUACUGAUUGGCUAAAUAUUGGCCCAGCAUUGUAUAAAUACAUCUCAAGUGCCAGCAAGUUUUAAGCAGCUUUCAACCUUAAAAGAAGCAUCCUUGAAAAGAAACUGAUACUCCUUAGACUGCAAAGAUGCCAGCUGGUGAAAUAUACCCAGUUACAUCUAUUCGGGAGACCUCCAAGAGUGAACUGCCCAGUGUUCAUGGCAAGCAGAAAGAAUACAAGCUGAUCCAGGUGAAGAACACUUGGUGUCGGGUGGAGAGUGGGCAUGAAAUUCCAUGUACUUGGGAAGAAGACCAGAUUAUGGUUUCUCAAGCCAAAAUUGGGGAAAAUAUCUCCAAUUCUGGAAUAUCCUGGACGGUACAGGCUCCCAUUGUUUUCCGCUACAAAGUGGUAGAAAGCCAAGACCUCCUAGACCCAUGCAAUCCUACGCUUCUCUAUGGCCAUGUGUCUAGUCCUCAAGAGCUGGAGAUCUACCAGAAGAAGCCACAAAGGCGUUUAAUAGUAAUAGACACAACUGUCGAUAAAUUUUACGGCUACAAAGUCCGAAAGUACUUUGAGGCCAACAAUGUUAAUUAUAAAAUUCUCCCUUUCGUAACCACUGAAGAAACCAAAUCCAUGGAUCUGGUGAUGAGUAUAGUAGAGGAAGUUCACAAAUUUUCUCUCGAUAGGCGUACUGAGCCGAUCAUUGCAAUUGGAGGAGGCGUGUGUUUGGAUAUUGUAGGUCUAGCUGCUUCCCUUUACAGGCGACGCACACCUUAUAUUCGAGUCCCCACCACCCUCCUCUCCUACGUUGAUGCAAGUGUUGGGGCCAAGAAUGGGGUCAAUUUCUGCAACUGCAAAAAUAAGCUGGGAAGCUACACUCCUCCUGCCGCCACUUUCCUGGACAGGUCCUUCAUCAAAACGAUUCCACGCCGACAGAUCUCCAAUGGCCUCGGUGAAAUUCUAAAGAUGGCGUUAAUGAAACAUAAGGGUUUGUUUGAACUCCUGGAGCUGCAUGGGAAACACCUUUUAGAUACAAAAUUUCAAACGAGGAGUGGUGUUACAAACCAUGGGGACCCCGCCCUAAAGACCACGAGACUUGCCAUUGAAACAAUGUUGCAGGAGCUGGCCCCAAAUCUCUGGGAGGAUGAUCUAGACCGCUUGGUUGACUAUGGACAUGUCAUCAGCCCAGAGCUUGAGAUGAAAGUCUUACCUGCCCUGAUGCACGGAGAAGCAGUGAACAUAGAUAUGGCAUUCAUGACACACGUAUCGUAUGUGCGAGGACUGAUUACACUGGAGGAGAAGGAACGUACCAUUCAGUGUAUGAGAGGUCUGGAGCUUCCAGUUUGGCAUACAGACUGUACAAUGCCGCUUAUUAAGAAAGCCCUAGCUGAACGAUUCAAGCACAGUGGCGGAAAGAUGCGACUCCCUCUACCAACAGGACUGGGAACUGCAGAAAUCUUCAACGAUGUGAGUGACAAUACUAUAGAAGCAGCCUAUAAAACUUGGGAAGAGGACUGCAGAGACAAUAUUCCAUGAGCAUUAGCUGGACAGAAGACAUCUGAGACCUCUACAUGGAGUUAUUGGCAUUCUAAGCCCAAUGGGUUUCUGUGAUUUAUUCCACAAGUUACUUUGCCUAAACCUGAGGAUGUUCCUACACUUCAAACCAGCAACAUUCACAAUGAAGACCGCUGGGAAACCAUGUCUCAUUAAGCACUUUAGUUCAAGAAACCAUUAUUGGGACAUUUCAGAACUCAACAGUGUGGGACAAAUUAGACUGUAGGUUUUGAGAAACAAUGGAAGUAGGUUUGAGCUUUCUCUUAAAUUCAUUGUAGGAAAAUACCAGGAGUGAGAUAUAUAUAUAUAUAUAUGUAUAUAAUUUGUGAAAUGUCUGUAAAACAAAUGAUUGUGGUUACAACUGUAUUUUUAUAAUUGUACUAUGCACAAUAAUAUUGUAUGUUUAAGACUGGGUAGCAAUCUAGUGGAACACCAUAGCCUGCUGUAUGUGAUAGGAUAGAUAUUGUGAGCCUUGAUCUUGCCUAGAGCUACUAACAGUGAUAUGUACAACAGGCAAUGAAGGCUUGAAACAGAAAAUAUGUAUCCUCUUACCUGGACAGCUUUACUCCCUUUGUUUUAGUUUGAAUAGAGAAUAGAAUGUGUUAUGUUUACUGAAUAUUCCUUCCUUAUGUGUUUGAACUUGCAAAUAAAUGAAAGCUGCCAUACUGGUUUCUUUG